GGAUGUACUUCCGUUCCCCUCGUGGAUGUAGGCUGACGAGUACUGUUGAGCUAUGGUGGUAUACAACCCUGCUUGAACGAAAUUGCAAGAAGAGCUACCAAAGGGAGAGAAGAACAGACAACAAAAGCACGUGGCGGUGCAAGUUGUGAUCCUUUUCGUUUGGCAGCGGGUCUAUGGGUGUGGACUGGGACUAAUAUUUAGAUUAGGCUCAGGGAAAAUGCAAAAAGAGAAGCAAACACAUGAAUGCAUCAUUUCCGAUGUAUCUGAUGGCCAUUUGCAAAAGAAGAAGAAGAAAAAAAGAAGAGGGGAUGAUGGAUCCAAAGCAGUGGAUCAGUCAACAGACCCAGAAAAUUACAGCAAGAAAACGAGGAAGCGGAAACAAACCCAUAGCAAUCUAGAAGAAAUCUUUGUGUCGCCAAAAUCUGGUCCAGAUCAGAUACAAAGUAAUAUUUCAGAAGAAAACGGUGAUGUGCAAAUAGAUGAUGAAGAGUGUUCAGUGAAGAAAAGAAAGAAUAGAAAAAGACAUUUGACUGAUAAUGUGAGCACUGAAUCAGAAAGGAAUGAGGAAAUAACUGACAAAAGCAUUGUAAUUAGGACUGAGAGAGAGAGUGUGAACCCAGUAAAAAGGAAGAAGAACAAGAAAAAAGAUAAAACACAAAGGCUUUCACAGUGUGAAGAAACAACUGUAAAUGAUGACAAAGAAAGUUGUCAAGAUGCGAAUAGUCCAAAGAAUUCAGAUGAGUUGGAGGAAAUAAGGAGACAAGAAAGGAAGCAAAAAAAGAAGAACAAAAAACUCAAGAAGCUGAAGCAGAAGGAUGUGAAAAGCACAUCAGAGUUCAGUGAGGUUGGGCCAAAUGCUUGUCAGCUAGCAUUGGAUUAUUUAUCACAUUGGGAGAAGGAUCGCGAACACUGGCGAUUUCAGAAAGUGCGACAAGUUUGGCUCUUACAAAACAUGUAUGAUGCAAACAAGGUGAACAAUUCUUCCUUUAAAACCUUGCUGCUUUACUUGGAUGGAUUGAAAGGAAGAUCAAGAGAGACAACCGUGAAGAAAGCAGAGGACAUCAUAGCUCAUGAUGAAGAUUCUGAUGCUGACACAAAAGAUGUAUCUAAGGUUAAACUGGAGAGAGCCAGACAGUUGAUCCAAGUCCUGACCUGACCUGAUUUUGGACAUUUUUCAUUUAGAUUUACUCCUUCAAUAUAUAUAUCUGUAGUCAAGCAUUGGUGAAGAAAGUAAUAAAAAUUAUC